ACUGGAUUUUCAUUUAUGUGACAAUAUAGGCUUCGCCUGCGGAGCGAAAAGUGCGUGGGGUGUCUUUCCAUCCCUGGAUUUUGUACCCUCCUCGAGAAGCUCCGUCUGUUUUUGCACCCCGCCCCCGCCCCCCGGCUUUGGUCAGCGGGCUUUCCCGAUGGGGUGUGGGGAACUCAGAAGAGAAGCGGGGAGGGGAGGCGGCAGCGCAGUCUCUUCGCGCCACCCAGUCCCUCGCCCCGGCGCUGACACCCGCUAACCCAGCAGAGGCGUCCGGACCAGCUUCCCCGCGCAUUUUACUUAAACCAGUAUGGAGGUCUGCUGAUCAGAAGCUAGAGAGCUACCGAUUAGCAUCCCAUGGUGACUACGUCUUACAAUUUCUGUCCCUGUGUCUGAGGGAGAUAGUCUGCGUGCUGUGGAAAUGAACGGAGAACAGCAGCUUGAGACAGAUGCUGGAUCUGGUGUGGAGGAAGUGGAAUUUAACUGGGAUGAAUAUCUAGAAGAUACGGGAUCCAUAGCAGCUCCACAUGGAUCUUUCAAGCAUGUGGACACAAGUCUGCAGAAUGGAUUUGCUCCUGGCAUGAAACUAGAGGUUGCUGUAAAAUCUGACCAUGAAACUUACUGGGUUGCUACCAUCAUCACCACAUGUGGGCAGUUACUCUUGUUGCGUUAUGAUGGCUAUGGAGAGGACCGAAAAGCAGAUUUCUGGUGUGAUAUCAGGACAGCUGAUUUACACCCCAUUGGCUGGUGUGAGCAGAAUAAGAAGAUUCUCAAAGCACCUGAAGGUAUCAAGGACAAGAUUUCUGACUGCAGUGAGUUCCUACGUGAGACUCUGAAGGGAGCAUAUAGUGCUCCUUCUAACCUGCUAGAGGGCCUUCAUAAAGGGAAGAAUCCUUUGGAUCUCAUUGCACCAGGCUCCAGACUGGAAUGUCAAAAUUUCCAGGAUUCUUUAAGCACUUGGAUUGUCAAUGUAGUGGAUAAUAUUGGAGGAAGAUUGAAGUUGCACUAUGAAGGUCUGGAGAAUUCUGAUCAAUUUGAACAGUGGUUGUUUUACCUGGAUCCAUUCCUUCAUCAAGUUGGUUGGGCAUCUCAGCAGGGAUAUGAGCUUCAGCCUCCAACAGCCAUCAGACAUUUGAAAAGUGAGGCAGAAUGGCGGGAGAUGUUAACCAGAAUUAAAGAGGAAGAAGAAGAAUCAUUGAUACCCUCUGACUUAUUUAAGGAUAAAUCAGUAAUUGGUCAUCACACAUUCUCUGUAAACAUGAAAUUGGAAGCACUAGACCCCUCGGCCCCUUUUGCUAUUUCUCCUGCUACAGUUGUGAAGGUGUUCAACGAGAAAUAUUUUUUGGUGGAAAUUGAUGAUUUGCGACCAGAGAAUCCCAUGAGACGAUCCUUUGUGUGUCAUGUUAAUAGUGCUGGCAUUUUCCCAGUACAUUGGAGUUUGAAGAAUGGUUUACAUCUCAGCCCCCCUCUAGGCUACCCGAAUCAGGAUUUUGACUGGGCAGACUACCUCAAACAGUGUGGUGCUGAAGCUGCUCCACAAAGUUGCUUUCCUUUGCCAAUUUCAGACCAUGGCUUUAAGGAGAACAUGAAGCUUGAGGCAGUGAAUCCUACUGACCCUGAAGAAGUAUGUGUUGCUACUAUUACUGCAGUGAAAGGUUCAUACCUGUGGCUCCAGUUGGAGGGCUCUAAAAAGCCAGUACCUGAAUGCAUUGUAAGUGUGGAAUCCAUGAAUAUCUUCCCUGUGAGUUGGUGUGAAACCAACGGAUACCAGCUCCGAUCUCCUCGUCGAGCAGUAGUGAAUAAACAGAGAAAAGUUGCAGUGGUUCAGCCAGAAAAACAAAUCAUACCUUCGAGGAUGGUCCAUGAAAGUCUGAAGAGUCAGGAGCCAAAUCCUCCAGAUUCAGUCACAAUUAAUGGAAAAUACUUCUGUCCAAAGAUCUACUUCAACCACCGUUGCUUCUCAGGGCCUUAUCUUAACAAAGGAAGAAUUGCUGAACUGCCUCAAUGUGUAGGACCAGGAAACUGUGUUCUGGUUCUUAAAGAGGUUCUUACAUUGCUGAUCAAUGCAGCCUAUAAACCAAGCCGUGUUCUUCGGGAGCUUCAGCUAGAUGAAGAUUCUGUGUGGCAUGGACAUGGGGAAACUCUAAAAGCCAAAUACAAAGGAAAAAGUUAUCGUGCUACCGUUGAGAUAGUGAGAACAGCUGACCGGGUGACCGAUUUCUGCCGGAAAACCUGUAUAAAAUUGGAAUGCUGUCCUAAUCUCUUUGGUCCUCAGAUGGUUCUGGACAAAUGUUCUGAGAACUGCUCUGUACUGACAAAGACCAAAUACAGUCACAUGCCUCCAGCACACUAUUAUGGGAAGAAGAAAAAUAAAAGAAUUGGGCGGCCACCUGGUGGGCAUAGUAACUUAGAGUGCGUUAUGAAGAAAACAAACAAGAGACGGAAGAGGAGGAAGAACUUCUUUGUUCAUAAGAAGAAGCGCUCCUCAGCAUCUGUGGAUAACACACCAGCAGGCUCUCCCCAGGGCAGUGGGUGUGAAGAUGAUGAUGAUCAGGAUGAAGUAGAUGAAGAGUCUCUAAGUGAAGAUAGUGCCUCUGAACAGCAAGAUGAGCUGCAGGAAGAAUCAGAAGUGUCAGAAAAGAAAUCAUGCUCUUCUUCUCCUACCCAAAGUGAAUUGUCUCAUUCAUUGGCUCAGGAUCGAGACAAGAGAAAAAGAAAACUUCGCACUUUUUCUUUCUCUGAUGAGAAUAAACCUCCUUCACCAAAGGAAAUAAAGAUUGAAGUUGCUGAAAAACUACAGCUGGACAGUAACCCACUGGAGUGGAGUGUGGCUGAUGUUGUGCGGUUCAUCAAAUCUACAGACUGUGCUCCAUUAGCAAGAAUAUUCCUGGAUCAGGAAAUUGAUGGUCAGGCCUUACUACUUCUUACCCUUCCCACUGUUCAAGAGUGCAUGGACUUGAAGUUGGGCCCUGCUAUCAAGCUUUGCCAUCAUAUAGAGAGGAUCAAGUUUGCCUUUUAUCAGCAAUUUGCUAAUUGAGAAGGAUGGCCAAGGUGAACUGGACCUUUGAAGCACAAACGCAGCGAGCCAUUGGUCCCUCUCUGAGAUGGCGUGCUGACUUUGGUGACCUCCAGAUGUCUGCUUGCUGUGAUUUUGCACUUUCAGGGAAAGAAGACCACACACAUGAAGUAAAACAAUGCACACUAAGUGUCUACCCUGCCAAUGGAAUUGUGGUAGUCCUUUGUUCAUCAGAUUACAUUUUUUUAAAAAUAAAAGAUUGCGGGAAAAGACAGAGACUCCUGUGAGGAGAAUAAGUGUUUCACAGAUUCAGGUGGUGUGGACUAAGAACUAAGAGUAAUAUCCUAGGCUGCUGGAAUACGCUUUUUCUGUUGCUCCUUUUCUUUUUGGUCCUUCCCAUGGUAGAUUGAUAUGUUCUCUGCUUCCUUUUCUUGGGAAAAGAGAACAUGACUGUAACUUAGCACUGAUAUAAGGCUAUGCCUUAAGGAAGACAAGUGCUCCAUUUUCAAUAUUCUUUUUAAACUUUUUAAAACUAAAAGCAGCUCAUUGGGGAAUGUUUUGUGGAACCAGGGCUUUAUAUAUGUAUAGUUCCAUUUUAGCCCAUUUAAAAAGCUUUUCCUGGUGAUUUCUCUUUGUUAUUAACUCUGUUGACAAUUGUAGUUAACAGUUCUGGGUGGAAUUUUUUUCCUGUGAUGCUUGCUUUGCUGUCGCCAUAACAAUAAGGAAUUAUGUAAGAUGAAAGUUGAAGGAAGACGUUUUAAAAAAUUAUAGUGAAAAAAUUUGUGGGAGCUUACAACAGUUCCUGAAACUGACCUAAACCCAAAAUUCUCAUGAAUAUGAGAUUUUUACAGAGAUAUCUUCCAUAUUUGACACUGGUCAGCUAGUUAAGUGGCACAUCAGAGAUUUGUUAGUAAUUUAAUUGAAUUUAAUUGAGCUUCUCAA